AUGGCACCUCAACUAUCAGAAGAUGAGAUUGACGAUCUCAUUUACCUGUCGCGUACCGGGGAGAAUGAUGAGUUAGUUCAGGAACUGACGGCGCUAGCGGAGCGAGAGAAGGUGACGGUGGCUGAGAUCUUGGUGGCUGCCAAGGAUCAGGGCAACAAGUCGACUACGCUACACAUGGCAGCGGGCAAUGGACACUUGGAGACGGUGCGCAAGCUGACGGGAUACUUUGAAGAGAGACCCAAAGGGGAGAAACAGGCCUUUCUGGACGACGUCAACGAGCAUGGAAACACUGGUCUUCAUUGGGCUGCUCUGGGCGGCCAUCUCGACAUGGUCAAGCUGCUCAUGGCCAACGGUGCGCUGCCCGCUCUCGCCAACGAGCGCAACUAUGUGCCGUUGGACCUGGCCUACUUCAACCACCACACUGAUGUGGCCAACUAUUUCCUCUCUCAGACAAAGGGCAUGGAGGACAAGAACCAGGAGGAGGGACUGAAGGAUGCCGUCGCGUCGGUCGACAUCAAAGAUGACGACACCAAAGCCGAAGAUGGGGACGCUGCAAAGUCGUCAUAG